AUGUCUGCUUACCAAACUACCAUCAGCAAGGAGCUCGACUGCGACAUCAGCCGCCACAACAUUCUCAACCACUGUCUGGUGAUCUGGCCCAACAGAGAGUGCAGCGUGACCGUCAACAUCUGCCCCAGCUGCCGCGUUCGAGGUCACCAGCAAUUCCAGGCCAAGAUCAUGGCUGCGAAUCAGGUCGUCAUCAAGGGCGGCUGUGAGAAUACGGAGGAAGAGGCGCUGGACAAGCUGUAUCUUAUCGUCACUUGGAUGCUGCGCCGAUACUUCGCGUUCAACUCUGGCGCCUGUAUCAGUCCAAUCCAAUUCUUCCCACCAUCAGACAACACCAACACCGUCGGAUCGCGACCUUCGGAACAUCGGAGAAAAAUGACCGGCCCCAACAGAACCGUGAUCAAGAGACGCCUUGGUCAUGUGUUUGCCCUCUUCAGACGCAAGGGUUUCCUAAUGGUAGUAGACAAGGCAGAAGGACCUAGUGCAUGGAGACAAUGCCGCGGCAUCCACCCCGCCGUCCACAAGCAUCUUCCCGAAUACGGCUUAGACUUUCAAAUCCACAUUCAGACACCCUUCAAGAAGCUGAAUAUCUACACCGCCACCUUGAGCAUCCCCGGCGACCCUGAGCCUCUCUUUCUCACAAAGUCCUGUCCUACACCCACAGAGGCUCUUGAGACCCUUCGCGUCAUGAUCAUGGUUUCUGAGGAUCCUCUGACAAAGGAAAAGCUUGCCAACUUGCAGUGGGAGGCAAUGGUUGCUCAUCACAACAACCAGAUGAUGCGUUACUCGCCUAAAGGUCUGUCUGAACAAGACUCAGAUUGGUCGUAGGAAAAAUGAGUUGGAUAUUCUGAGCGCGUCGAUCGCAGGUUGAACGGUGGUCGGUGGCCAAUCUACCGCCAGAAAAAGCUUGAUGAAAGCGAGCGAUACAGACCGCACUGAGACGUAGGCUAGUCAUACUGAAUCAACAAUGUUCUGCUG